AAUUUUGAACGACAAUUUAAAGACAGUGUCGGCUGUUGUCGCGCCUUAAGAGCCGCAACAUUCUAGUAGGGAGAGAGAGUUAUCAAUUACUGUUACUUCUCGGCAUCACUCUGUCAACUGACCCGAGUCAACUCAACAAAUCAUGACAGGUAACUUGAGAAGUGUGAUCGUCGCUGUUGAUGGCAGCGAGGAGAGCAUGGACGCCCUAAGAUGGGUGCUUGAUAACCUCAAGCUCAGAGCCCCUGCCCUCGAUUCCACCGACCCUCCCGGUUGCUUCACCAUCCUCCACGUCCAAUCUCCACCGUCCAUCGCUACCGGGCUCAAUCCCGGUGCCAUCCCAUUCGGUGGGCCCACAGAUUUGGAGGUACCUGCCUUUAGUGCUGCGAUUGAAGCUCACCAGAGGAAAAUUACAGAGGCGGUUUUGGAACAUGCUUUGAAGAUUUGCUCUGAAAAGAAUGUGAAUGUCAAAAGCCAAGUAGUGGUUGGGGAUCCAAAGGAAAAGAUUUGUGAAGUCGUUGAGAAAUUACAUGCUGAUUUGCUCGUGAUGGGCUCUCAUGCCUUUGGCCCUAUCAAGAGGAUGUUUUUGGGAAGCGUAAGCAACUAUUGUGCCAACCAUGCAGCAUGCCCAGUAAUUGUAGUUAAGGGAAAGGGUGCAACCUCUUAAGCAUAAGUAGGGUGAUACUGGUGAGUGAAUUCAUGUUUAAUGGAGUGCUAAUGUGAUGGAUAACCAGGAUUGUUGGGAUUUUGUGUGUCUGGGUUGUGGGCUUGUAGUUUGGUACCUGCUUUUGAGCUACGCAAUAUGCUUGCAUUUGUGUAUCAUAUGCAGUGGUUUUAAUGAGGAAAAUUUGGGUAUGAUGUCUUUCUUGUCUGUGUUGUUGUACAUGUAUGUAAAAAUGUCAGAUUUCAUCUUUUUGUAUUCAUUAAUUCAAUUCUGGUGACUAUUGUUGCUGUAAAAUUAGUUCAAGGUGGUCAUAAGCUUUCUGUGGCUAUGGGGGCUGCGGAGUGGUGGCUCUUCCCUGGUCUCUGUGUUCCUUCAUUUCUUUAACGCCGGAUGAGUUCCACUAUCAUGAUUAAACAUAGACAUUGUUUAUAGUGAACGCGUCAAGUCAUUCAAUAAAACUAUGUGUAUACAUUUUCAAAUA